AUGCCCCGGAAACGCAAGUCCACCGACCCACCCAUGAACUCGCCUCUCGACAAAAAGUUCAAGGCUACCGCCUCUGAGGCUCGGGCAAGCCUCGAAAAAGUGGCGGCGGCUUUCACUGUAGCCUCGGCCAACAAGUCUGGGCGACCGACGGCGAGAGGCAGGAAAAGUGGCGGCAAAGCGAAUCAUUCCAAGGCACCAGGGUUCUACCAGAGUGGAUCUGCAAACAACGCUGCUCCUCCAUUUCUGGCCAACCUCAACAAGCUCUUUGAUCAUUAUCGCGACAAUCCCAAAGACGCCCCAGACACGAUCGGCAUAGAGGGUGCUCAGAAAUAUCUGACCGACCUCGGAGUGGAACUAGAUGAAGUCGCCCACCUGGGUAUCUGUGAUCUGUUGCAGUGCCCUUCCAUCGGCGAAUUCGAGCGCGAAUCGUUCGUUUCCGGCUGGCGAAGCGUUUGCACGAUCGAUAAAGCAUACGAUACGGCGGCACGACAAGCACAAUACGUCGAGGUGAUCCGGAAGAAACUGUCGAACAACCCGGCCUAUUUCAAACAGGUCUACCGCAAUGCAUUCAAGCUCGCCAAACCUGAAGGUCAACGAAGUGUUCCGGUGGACUCCGCAAUCGACUUCUGGAACAUGUUCUUCCGGCAAGGCAAAGGUGGGAUCGAGUGGAAUUCUCCCUCAACUCCGUGGCUGGACCUGUGGUGUGAAUUCUACGAGUCCCAGGGCAAGAGACCGGUCAACAAAGAUUUGUGGAACAUGGUUGGCGAGUUGGUCAUGAAGACAAAAGAGCCUGGGGGAGAGUCACUGAGUUGGUGGACAGAGGAUGGCGCGUGGCCUAUGGCAAUCGACGACUUUGUCAACUUCGUCCGAGAGAAGAAGAAGGGAAACGGUGACAAUAUGGACACCAGCUGA